UACGACAGCUUUCCAAGCAAACAUCCUAGCAAUAACAAAUUGCGCCCGGAAAAUGAAGGAAAGAGCCUACACACGUAAGCACAUUACCAUCGUAACCGGAGAUGAAGCCACAAUAAAGGCAUUAGAAUCUUACACAAUCAGGUCACAAUGUGUGCUAGAUUGUGUAAAAGAACUUACAACCCUGGCCGGGAGCUCAAACAGAAUAAAACUCACUUGGGCAACUGGUACUAACAGGAGCAAAGAAAACGAGAUUGCUGCGGAACUUGCUAAGGCAGGAACCGAGAAACCACUAACCAACCAAGAACCUGCUUGCGGUAUAUCUCAUGCCCAAGUUAGGGUGGCAGUUGGGCAGUGGAUCUUGGAACAACACAGAAAGUACUGGGAGGAGACACCGCGACUCCAUACCGCAAAGCAGUUGGUGGGACCUCUACAACCAGUACGUAAAAACGAACUGCUAGGCUUCAGCAGGCAAAAAAUAAGGAGGAUAGUGGCCUUUUUAACAGGCCACGCCCCCUGCAAAAAACACCUCUUCAGGAUGGGACUGAGUGAUCAACCGACCUGCAGGGGUUGCGAAUUAGAGGACGAAACUACUCUGCAUGUUAU